AUGUGCACACAGCAGUAUGACCAGGGUUAUGUCAGGGAUAGAGUGUCCAGAACCCGGCCUUCGAUAUGUAGGGGUCGUUCCGGUGUUGAGGAUGGUCAGGCCAAUGCGGGCUGCCAUUUCAAGGACCAGUCUUCCCCUGGUGUUUGUUUGGGGCAUACCCCAUUCCACGCCUCUUGCGUUGAAAUCUCCAGCAACAAUUAUGUGGCCGGUUAUAUCGCGCAAUUCGUCUUCAAGGUCUUCGAGCUUUCCCCUGAAGACAGGGACUGUGUCGUUUGGAGACAGGUAGCAGCUCACCACAGUGAUUUGCGCCAUUUUAACCCAGACGUAGCAGCGUCCUACCCCGCUGCUCUCUGCGCGAUGGUUGGGGUUAGCAAUCCAUACCGCGGCCGAGCCUGAUUGGUCAACAUGCCAGGUUUCCUUUGUUCUAUAGGGUUCAC